AUGUCGGUGACACGCAACAUGACCCAAAGCCGCCUACUUCGAUUACCUCCCGAAGUCCUUCUCCUCAUGACGGAAGAUAAUUCUCUUAAGUGGGAAGAUCUUCGCAGACUUCGCCACGUAUGCUCUUUCUUCUUCCACAGUCUGGGUAGGCGAGUGCUCAAGGCCAGAGACUUUUUCUUCUUUCGCAACGCAUGCUUGCACGCCGACGUGGAUAUGUUGAUCGAGUGCCUGAACAAAGAUGCGACUCCAACUGGUACCGUUUGGGAGAGCCCUCAUCGUUCAGCAGGGGACUAUGUAGUCGAUGGAUUCCGAGCGGGUAACUUCUCUGUUGAACGAUUCAAGCAAACCUGGCAGUGGCUGUCAGACCAUGGGUACGAGCUUAGUUACUCGGUUGAAAAUACUGGUGAUACUCCCGGACAUUAUCGUCCUUUCUCUGCGGACCUACUGUACAUGGUAUGGGACGCCACUGAUGCUGGACAUCUUCAAGCAAUUUGCGAUGUCAUCCACUUCGUCGUCGAUAAGGGUAUGAUGUUUCCAAGCUUUCUCAAAUACUCGUUCAAGGCAGAGCGGGUGCCAAUGUGUAGAACUUUGAUAGGAUUUAUGAUGGCUAUUCACUGCCCGGCUCCCAUCCUGAAGCUGUUCUUGAAGCAGCUCCAUGACCAAGGCUUGACCCUGAAGAGUCUCACCAACAAUCAGGUUUACAAAGGCGAAAUCACGGAGAUCUCCGCGUUCCUAUGGGAAAUGUUUAGAUACAUUUUCGAUUCAAUCCCCCCUAUGUUAGAAGAGGAUGACGGGAUUAUGGCCAGGGUACUGCUCAGACUUGAGGAUCCCAACGGAAUAGCAGACAAUUUCGGGGACAAGGUCAAGGCGCUGAUCGAAUACGACUCUGUCGAUGAUGGCGAAGCGCGGGUCUUGAAAGAUAUUUGGCGAGGUCUUCAGAAGAUGGCGCGCAAAAGAAUCGAACGAGGCAGCCUCGAUUUUGACCAAGACGGGCUCUGGUACUGA